UGCUGUAUUCAAAUGAGCGCGUGACGUAGCGGAGCACGCAGCUGGACAUCAGAGAGGAUAAAGCGGCUGUCCGCGGCUCCUUAAGCUCUUUUAGCCAGAGCACACUGCGUGUUUGUGCGUCUCUUUCAUCGGUGACCGGAUCAGGAAUGAGUUCAGCACCGCGGACAGCGACGGAGCGAACAAAACUCCCGUACUGCCACGAAUCUUUCCACAACCUUCAGGAGUUGAGACACAGUGCAUCUCUGGCCAAUAAGGUCUUCAUUCAGAGAGACUACACGGAUGGCACCGUCUGCAAGUUCCAGACCAAGUUCCCCUCCGAGUUAGACAGCAGGAUUGAGAGGACGCUGUUUGAAGACACGGUGAAGAUGCUGAAUAAUUACUAUGCAGAGGCGGAGAAGAUCGGAGGCCAGUCCUACAUCGAGGGAUGUCUGGCCUGCCUCACGGUUUACCUCGUAUUCCUGUGCAUCGAGACGCGCUAUGACAAGGUGCUGAAGAAGAUCUCGCGGUACAUUCAGGAGCAGAAUGAGAAGGUCUACGCUCCUCGAGGUCUCCUCAUCACAGACCCCAUAGAGAGAGGCAUGAGGGUCAUUGAGAUCAGUGUGUACGAGGAUCGCGGCUCCAGUGGUUCAAGCUCAGGAAGCAGCACAACCAGCAGCAGCGGACGAUGAUUCACACACACACUCGCCCACGUGUGACGCCUUCAUACUCACGCCCGCUCAGCAUCGCCAAACACACCUGACAUGAACUGCCUCCACAAGACACAUCAGCUUCUGGAUCAGCAGCGCGUCAUUACCGCCACCUUCACUGAAACCUUCCAGUCACUCACUGUAGCAUCCUGGGUAAAGCGCACAUGAGCUUCUGUCACUGUAAUAUGCAAUCUCACUCACAAACGCCUGUGAUGUAGCUGCCGAUCAGCACACAACAGUCUUCCAUCAUCACGAUUUUUCACCCUUUUUUGUUUGAGAAUUUAAUGAGCACUUUUACUCUAAUUAUUGAACAGAAGUCAGAUUUUAGACUCGGUAGAUGUCAAGGACUGAAAUCUAAGCCCAUAUAUUUUAUACAGGCCCCAGACACUGCCAUCUUAUUCCACGGGUACCAUUUAUGACUUUGUUUUAUUUCAUAGUGUGCUAAUCGUUCAUACUUUGUACUCAUAACGCGUCGUCAGAGCAGAAACGAGUCCUGAUGACGUGACUGCCAAGAGCUUCCUCACAUGGUCUUUCAUCAUGAGCUUCCAUUUCGUACUGAGAACCUUUGUCCCCUGUUUAUGCAAAGAUCAAGCGUAAAAGAAGCUGAGAGUGCUUUUCUGUUGUGUAGCAAAAUAAAUAAACAACGAUGGUCAAAUAAACGAGUUCUGCUUUUGUGUAUUUGAUCCACAUUUUAUUUAAAUGUAUUUUUAUGCACAGGGUUUUUAGGCAUUUUACACUUGACUAAAAUGAAGUGCUUUCAUGUAAAACGACAUUGUUUUUUGCCAUUAAGUUUUUAAGAUAUUAAUAUAUAUAUAUAUAUGCCUCUUUGGCGCCACUCUGUUUGAGAUGAUCUUCUUUACGUGGGUUGUGCAUCGGCAUGGCUCUAGCGCGGAUUAAUCUAAUGUUUUGAGGUGUAUGUGUAUUCACUGUACUUCGGAAUUGCAGAUACAUCUUGGAAAUAUGUCAAAAAUAAUACGUUUUGCUGGAAAAUGUCAUCUGAAGAAGUAAGUAGCAUGUCUGCCAGUUUCACUUUGACCAACUGAAAAAAAAAAAAAAAGUUUUACAAUAAAUUGUGCUACCAGUGUGCUUAAAUCUAACGAUCACAAUUGCUUUAAAGUUAGCUCAGAUCACAUCAAACGUGCAAAUAUUAUAAUUUGUUCUCAAAUUGUUAAUGUCAACACUGAAUUAGUUUAGUGUGUAUUUAGUUAUCUGUAGAUUUGAAUUUCUGUACAGUCUAAUCUCUAAUUGACAUAAUAUUCGAUUGUCAUAGAAAAAAUGUGUUCUUUUAAACUCAAAAAUCUAUUUAAUGUUCCUUAUCACUCGUUCUAAAAUGACAAGUUUAAAUAUUACAGCUGUUGUAAGAAGAGGCAACAAAUUGAUCCGCCACCACAUGCGAUAUAGCCUACUAGCCGGGACUCCUUUAUGUAUACAGACGUGACAUAAUGACGCAAAGACGAAACUAGCAAAAAUGCUACUAGCAAACUAGCAUUUCCCGCGAAAACCGACCCAAACCCGAAUAAGAAAACAUUUUUCAAGCUUAACGUUGUGAAUCGGGGGCUAAGGUGAGGGAGAUAGUUUUGAACACUGAUUGGUUAUGUACUUGCUCAUUAACUGAUUUUGGAUCAUUUUUAACCAAAAAAAAAAAGUUACUGAAUGCAGCUUUAAUGUGCCUCUUAAUAUUGUAAAGUGUCAACAUGUAAGGUCAAUCAGCAUGACACCGUGAGUUCAUCCAGUUCAGCCCUUCAACUUAUGUGACUUCUCUUUGUGGAGACAAAUAUUCAUGCAGUAACACUUCACAGCACUGCUGUGUUUCCAGUCAGUCUCUCGAGGUCUGAAAGUAUGAUAUCUUUUUCUCUCCUGUAUGUGCAUCAUCUGAUCACUCUGAGGUCCAUCUUCAUCGUGUUGACAGACAGUGAGUCGGACCAGAACAGAAAACCUCCAGAGACUCAACGACACGGAGACAGACCUCCAGAGACACUCAACACGGAGACCAGGAGAAGCUCAGGAAGAUGAAAACUAGGACAGACAGGAGAAGAAGAGACGCUGCUGUCGUACCGGGAGGCCACAGCUGGAGACACAGAGAAAGAGGAUGAGGAUGAGGAUGAUGAAACGGUGUAGUUCACCAAUGGACCGAAAGUAAAGAGACAUUCUCAGAACUGCAUCUAUCCUGCUACAUUCAUUCACAGUGUAUUUUGUCUUCCUAAACUUAAAUCUGAACGUCACCUGCACUCACCCACACACGCUCGGCCGUCUCUGCUGGGCUUGUAGCCCUCAACACAUCUCUUCUUAGAGCUGCACUUAUAGUGUCCGUAUGUGUUGGUGCACACCGGACGAGUGUGAGGACACACGGCUGGCAGACGCCUGCACUCGUUUGCGUCUGAACAGGAUGAAGGAAAUGGAGACAGAAUCACACUCACAGACUGGGUGCUCCCUCACGAUUGCUUUAUUAGUAUUGCACACCAUUCCAAUUUUGAGUAAACAAGUUCUAAAAAAAA